AUGUCUGAAAGAGUUAAAGUAGCAGUUCGACUUCGUCCUUUAAUUGAAGAGGAAUUAAUUUGUAAAGAUAAAUCCAUUUGUGUUGAAACUAUCGAUCCAAAUAAAAAAUUGAUCAUAAGUAAAUAUUUCUAUAUAUAUAUAUUAGUCAAGAAGGAUUUUGAGAAAAGAUAAUUUCAAUUUGAUACAAUUUUUGAUUCAAAAGCAUCUUAAAAUUAGGUUUACAAUGAUAUAGCAAAAGGAGUUGUUGGAGUAUACUUAUAAUAAUCUAUAAUAAAUUUAGAGUGUAAUCAAAGGCUUUAAUGGUACUAUAUUUUGUUAUGGUCAAACUGGAACAGGUAAAACAUACACCAUGAUGGGUAAACUGGAUUCUGAUGAGAAGGGUAUCACUCCACGUACUUUUGAAUAAAUAUUUAAUGAAAUUCAAGCAGACACUAAUAACAUAUACACUGUGUAAUUGGGUUAUUUGUAAAUAUAUAUGGAAAUGGUAUUGUUUAGAUAAUAAAUUUAGUUACUUGAUUUAAUAAGACCUGAUAAUUAAGAUGUGAAAAUAAGAGAAUGUCCAGAUAAUGGUGUAUUUGUAUCAGGAUUAGAAUGGAUGGAAGUUGAAUCUCCUUAAGAAUGUCUAAGUAUUAUGAAUUUUGCAGAAAAAAAUAAAGUAGUUGCAUUCACUAAUUUAAAUGCUCAUUCAUCUAGAUCUCAUUCUAUGCUUGUAAUCAAAGUAGAGAAGAGAUAAUCUAAAUAACAUUCAAGAUCUAUGACUAUUUCAAAAAAACCAAGUUCCAAAUUAUAAAAUUAUUCUUAAGAUAUGAUAACAGAAACUGAUGAAAGUAUAUUAUAAUCAGGUAAUUGUGUUGGAACAUUAUAUCUUGUUGAUUUAGCAGGAAGUGAAAGAAUCAAAAAAUCAAGAGCUACAGGAGAUCGUCUUAGUGAAGCUAGAUCUAUCAAUUAUUCACUUACAGCAUUAGGAAAAUGUAUUCAUGCAUUGACUGGUCCAAAAUCUACAUUUGUUCCAUUUAGAGAUUCUAAAUUAACUAGAAUUCUAUAAGAUGCUCUUGGUGGUAAUUGUAAAACUGCAUUAAUUGUGAAUAUUGGUCCUGCUGGUAGACAUGUUGAAGAAACUCUAUCUAGUCUUACUUUUGGAAUGAGAGCUAUGAAAGUUACAAAUACUCCAUAAAUUAAUUAAAAUGUUGAUUAUGAAGUAAGAAUUAAUACAUAUUAUUUAUAGUAAUUAAGUUUAUAACUAAAAAUGGAAAUUGAAAUGAAAGAUGAAAUCAUAUAAAAAUUGGAAUAAUAAUAAAUCAAAUAUCUCUAAUAAGUAAGAAUGGAAUCUAGUAACAGUAAUCUUAGUAGUUCAGAUCAUCAAUAUAAAGCUAAAUUAGAAAAAGCUGAAGAAGAACAUAAAGCAUUUUUAGAAGAAAUUGACAAUAUGAUGGUAGAAUAAGAAUAAGAAAAUGAAGAACUUAAAAAACAAUUAGGUUAAGUUAUGUAAGAAUUGGAAGAUUACAAAAAUAGAGAACAAUCUUUGGAAUAAGAAAUAGAAGAGUUUAAGAAUGUUUAAUAGUAAUUAGAGAAUGAAUUAGAGGAAGCUUUAACAAAUGUAAUACAAUUUUAUUAAUAUAAUAGAAGAAUGAAUUUGCAGAUACUAUUAAUUAAUUACAAUAGAAAUUAGAAAUGAAGGAUAAAGAAAUUUAAGAACUUAAAUAAUCUUCUUACUUAUCUACCAAAAAUAAUGAUGUAAUUAAAAUAUCAAAGGAAAAAUAAAAUUAAAUGUGGAGAUCAGAAUUAUAAUAGAUUACAUCAUAAUAUGCAAAUAAAUUAGAAGAAGUAAAAAGAUUAGAAUUUUAAUAAUAAGAAAAAGAAAAUAAUAAUAUAGUAGAAUAUAGAUAACGAAAUGAGGAACUUAUUUUAUAAGUUAAAUAAUACAAAUAUGAAUUAUCUUAAUGGAAAGAAUAAGAGUAAUAAUUAAUAUAUAGUAAUUAAUAACUUGAUGAAUAUAUACAAAAAUAAAAAGAAGUAUUUUAAUAAGAAUAAUCUUAAUUAUUAAUUUAAAUUAAAGAUCUUGAAACAAUCAAUAAUGAAAUUACAAAAAGGCUUGAAUAAAAUGAAAUCAAAUUAAAAAAGUAAUAAGAACAUUAAUAAUAAAAUGAAUUUACCUAUUAACAAGAAUUAGAUACAAAAAAUGAACAUCUUAAUAAAAUUUAAGUAGAAUAUUUUGAAAUUUAAAAAUAAAUUACUCUAAUUAAAGAAUAAUAUUCUACUAUUUAGACAAUUAAUUAAUAAAAGCUUAAAUAAUUAAAUCAUGAUAAUUAAAUGCUUAUUAAUAAAAAUGCUGAUUAUUAAUUAUAAGUAUAACAAUUAAUUGAAAAAAAUAAUGAACUUUUACAAUAAAUUUAAUAAAGCAAAAGUUCAUAAUAUACUAAUUACAAUUAAUAUUUAAAUAAUUCUAAAGUUGAAUACUAAGCUAAUNUCAUAUAAAAAUUGGAAUAAUAAUAAAUCAAAUAUCUCUAAUAAGUAAGAAUGGAAUCUAGUAACAGUAAUCUUAGUAGUUCAGAUCAUCAAUAUAAAGCUAAAUUAGAAAAAGCUGAAGAAGAACAUAAAGCAUUUUUAGAAGAAAUUGACAAUAUGAUGGUAGAAUAAGAAUAAGAAAAUGAAGAACUUAAAAAACAAUUAGGUUAAGUUAUGUAAGAAUUGGAAGAUUACAAAAAUAGAGAACAAUCUUUGGAAUAAGAAAUAGAAGAGUUUAAGAAUGUUUAAUAGUAAUUAGAGAAUGAAUUAGAGGAAGCUUUAACAAAUGUAAUACAAUUUUAUUAAUAUAAUAGAAGAAUGAAUUUGCAGAUACUAUUAAUUAAUUACAAUAGAAAUUAGAAAUGAAGGAUAAAGAAAUUUAAGAACUUAAAUAAUCUUCUUACUUAUCUACCAAAAAUAAUGAUGUAAUUAAAAUAUCAAAGGAAAAAUAAAAUUAAAUGUGGAGAUCAGAAUUAUAAUAGAUUACAUCAUAAUAUGCAAAUAAAUUAGAAGAAGUAAAAAGAUUAGAAUUUUAAUAAUAAGAAAAAGAAAAUAAUAAUAUAGUAGAAUAUAGAUAACGAAAUGAGGAACUUAUUUUAUAAGUUAAAUAAUACAAAUAUGAAUUAUCUUAAUGGAAAGAAUAAGAGUAAUAAUUAAUAUAUAGUAAUUAAUAACUUGAUGAAUAUAUACAAAAAUAAAAAGAAGUAUUUUAAUAAGAAUAAUCUUAAUUAUUAAUUUAAAUUAAAGAUCUUGAAACAAUCAAUAAUGAAAUUACAAAAAGGCUUGAAUAAAAUGAAAUCAAAUUAAAAAAGUAAUAAGAACAUUAAUAAUAAAAUGAAUUUACCUAUUAACAAGAAUUAGAUACAAAAAAUGAACAUCUUAAUAAAAUUUAAGUAGAAUAUUUUGAAAUUUAAAAAUAAAUUACUCUAAUUAAAGAAUAAUAUUCUACUAUUUAGACAAUUAAUUAAUAAAAGCUUAAAUAAUUAAAUCAUGAUAAUUAAAUGCUUAUUAAUAAAAAUGCUGAUUAUUAAUUAUAAGUAUAACAAUUAAUUGAAAAAAAUAAUGAACUUUUACAAUAAAUUUAAUAAAGCAAAAGUUCAUAAUAUACUAAUUACAAUUAAUAUUUAAAUAAUUCUAAAGUUGAAUACUAAGCUAAUUAAUCAUAUGUAAAUGAAUAAAAUUUUGAUAUUGAAUUGAAGAAAUCAAUUACUGUUUCUGGUGUUAAUGAAGGAUAAAUUGUUUUUGAAUUGUAAAUUAGAAUAUAAUAAUUGGAAGAUUAUAUUGAUUAAUUAUAAUCUUAAUUAAAAGUAAAAGAAAACUUUAUAGAGGAACUAUAAUUAAAAUGUACAAAGUAAUAGAAGGAAGCAGAUUAAUUAAAAUUUUAAAUGGAAUCAUUUUCAAAGAGAUCAUAAUAAUCUUUAUAAAGAAUGGAAGAAACAAUGUGUUAAGAAGUUGUUAGAAAUGUUUUAGAAAAAAUGAUAUUUUAAGUAGAAUUAAAUUCUUUUGAAUCAGAUGAUAUUAGUAGUCGUGCUCCAGAUAGUGAUUUAAAACUUUAGAUGAAAUCAUUUUCUAAAUAAGAAAAUGCUUAAUUAGUUGAAAGUUUAUUUAUAAAUUCUAGAUAAAGUUAACAUAAUGCAAUAGUUGAAUGUGAUGAAGAAGAAGAUAAUUCAUCAGAAAUAGAUUAUUAAUUACCUAAAUUCAGUUAAUCUGGUAAGAAGAUAUAGUAAUAAUUGAGAAUGUCAAAAAGUAGAUAAGAUUCUGUCUUUUCUUUUAGUGAAAAACAAUAAAAGAAAGAUACUGUUUCACUUUAUGAUGAUUUAAGUGAAAUUAAUUAAUAGUUUGAUGUAUAAAGCCCAAGAUCACAUUUAGAUGAAAUACAAUUUUAAAUUGAUUUUAAUGAUGUAAAUGCUGUAGAUAAAUUUAUGUCAUAAAUGAAAAAGAAAUAAGUGUCUCUUAUUUAAAAUACUGAUUUAUCUGUAGGUUCAAUAUAAUAAGCACAUAGUCCUUAAUAUAUAGAUAGUUUAAGUGAAAAGAAAGAAAAAUUAAAUUCAAGGUAAAUUAUAAUAUUAAUUAUAGAAUUGGGAAUGAAGAAUUAUAAGAAGUAAUUAAAGUGAUGGCAUAAAUGUUAGUUGAAAAAAGUAAGACUGAAUAAACAGUAACCAAUAAUACAUUGGAAACUUUAAGAGCUUCCUUAUUAGAUUUUAAUAAUUUAUGCAAUACUUUAACAACAUACUUUUUGUGA